AUGUCUCCAUCUAGCAAGAAGUCCAAGAAGGCCUACAGUAGUUCAACUCAUUCGAGCUCCCACGUUCCUGUAUCAUCUGCCGUAACUGAGCAGUGGGUUCACACCCAAGCCGUCGAAGGACCCUGGGACAACAUUGCCUUUGCAGCGGGCACAUGGCCGAGCAACGUACAGAGCAGCAGCACAUAUGCCGAGUCUGUGCAAGCUAGCCAGGGCUCAGUGAAGCAUAGCCACAAGCAUGAACAUCAUAAGAAGAGUGGUGGCAAGAAGUAG